AUGUCAUCUAAUGGAAUUCAAGAAGCUUUGCUUCUUCAGCGUCUUGAGUUUCUUCAAAUAGAGCUUGACGAUGCCAAAAAACGAGAACAAAACCUAAAAAAAGUAAACGAAUCUCUACUACAAGCUAUGACUGUAAAUGAUCCAAACCCUAUUAAAGUAAAAUCUAGUUAGGAUCACACAAUUGAAGAACUUCAAAAAUCUAACGAACAGCUUAUGAAAGAUAUUCAACAAACCAAAGCUAGGCAUAAGGAACAAAUAAACAGUCUUGAAAAGCAGAAUAACGAGCUUAGUUUGUCAGUGAAAGAACUUCAGCUAGACUUAAAGCACCAAAAAGUAUAGGUGUUUUCCCCUAUAUAGCCCUAUAAGGGCCGUGAGUUCUCCGUGGAAUCCCUCUGCUGGUUUGACCAACAGAGGGAUUCCACGGAGAACCCACGGCUCUUAUCGGGCUAUAUAGGGAAAACCCCUAUAAUUUUUGAAUCUGAAAAAUUUGAUUUGUUGUCAAGAAUACAGAAAUUGGAAGCUGAUAAGCUUUCCUUAGAACAGUCUUCAAAAGUAAACCAAGAUGAUAAAAACCACGGCCACGAGCUCUAUAAAUUGAAAACUGAAUUGAAAAUGCAAGAUGUCAGAAGAGAAGCUGACAUCCUUAAAGAAGAAUCCAGAAACGAAAUUUUAACUGUCAGACAAGAAGCAGAUGCCGCUAUCCUUGAACUGAAAACUCUUUUUAACAAAGAAAAUGAAGCUUUAAGAGCCCAAAUCAAAAAUCUCCAAGCCAAACUUCGACAACAAAGUGGAAAAAUGGACAGAUACCAAAACGAAGAAGUAGAAGGCAUGGUCAAAAAAAUUGAUGAGCUUGAAGUAGAACUCGACAAAUAUAGAAGCACUCGGAGCUCUCCUAUCCAUCGAAUGCAAGAAACUGAAAAAUCAUUCAGAAUCAACCUUACACAAACUGAAAACGAGCUCUCAGGGACUCUCCCAGAAAUCAAUGAAUGAAGAGUAAAAGGAGUCGUUGAAGAUCGGCCCUUUAAAAGCUCAAAAGAACUCACCCCAAGACUGAAUAAAUCUUAUGGAAGAUAUGAAUCCAUGAACACACAGCAGCUUUAUGAACAUUUAUCAUUAGCAGAAACCCUUUGCGAAAAAAAAGAUAAAGAAAUUAAAGACCUUAAAAUGCAGAUCGAAAAAAUUUUAUUGCAAAAAGAAAGGAUUCAGUUAGAGCUUGAUAGAAUUAUGCUGGAGCUUAAGCAGAAUAAGCUUGAUAAAGCUUCAAUUGACCAGAAAAGAAACGAAAAUGAGCAGGCUUUGAAGAAUGAAAUCAAGUUUUUAAUUGGGAAACUACUGAAAGCGAAAAGCAAAUUAGCGGCAGAAAAUGAACUGAGUGAGACUAUUAAAAGAGAAGGGAUUUAUAGCACUUCUAGGAGCAAGUCAAAUUUGAGGACAAAAUUAGAUAUUAGUAGAGCGUCACCUAAUGAAAGACCGAUUUCACCAUUGAAUUUGUCAAUUAUAUCGAGAUCUGAAAGCCCAUUUGGAGUUUCAGAGUAUGACUUGAAUCGCUAUUAA